UUGCUCCGUCGUUAAUCUUCCUGAGAACCGUUCAAAAGGAACAUAUAAUCAUAUAUUGCCUCGGUCGCCCUCUUCCUUGCGCACUAUUUGUACACUCAGUACGCAGUCUAAACUGCCUUUGUUUCAUCCUCUUUCCUUCUGCCAUUUAUUGUUACACCUCCACUAAUACUCAAUAUGGAAAUGUUGUCCCUAAAUAUAUCAACCUACUCGAAACCAUCCGAGUAUCAGGUCUCGAAAUUGCCCACUCCAACGCUAGUCAACUCAAAGGAUGUGAUAGUCAAGGUAUACGCCGCUAGCAUCAAUCCUAUUGACGUCAAGAGAGCCGAUGGCGCUUUGAAACUCGCUGUGAAAGACCCUUUUCCCUACAAAAUUGGCUACGAUUGUGCCGGCGUUGUUCAAGAAACUGGGCAAGAUGUAAUAAAGUUCAAGGUCGGAGACGCUGUGUAUAUUAGACUCCCUGAAGUUUCCCGGGGAUCAUGCAGCGAAUUUAUCAGAUGCUCUGAGGAACAUAUCGGUCUUAAGCCGCCAUCGCUGUCUUUCGAGGAAGCAGCUUCAAUGCCAUUAGCCGCAAUGACCGCCCUCCAGGCUCUUCGCCUAUAUCGUGGUGACCUUGCCGGAAAAACUGUCUUUGUGCCUGCUGGAUUGAGCGGGACCGGCUUAUUUGCAUGCCAACUUGCCAAACAUGUAUUCCAUGCGGGUAAGGUCAUCACUACUGUAUCGACCGCAAAAAUCUCAAAAUUAAAAGAACUCCUGGGCGAAAACACUAUUGAUCAGGUGAUCGACUAUACGAAUUCCGACCCCAGGGAUGUGAUUGAACAUGGAACAAUCGACUUUCUCUUUGACACCGUUGGCCUUUCUAUGGAGCUAUUGUGUCUGAUGCGGCCAGGAUCGAGCCGUAUUGUAUCAGUCUCUACUCUACCUUCUGGAAAUCAGCUACAGGCUUCACCUCUCAUGGACCUGCCUCAUAAACCCACUAUUCCGUUCGCCUUUCGGAUGGGACUCAAUCUCGCUGAUCAGGUUCGAAAGGUCAGAGCACGCCGUUAUAAGACAGAGUAUUCCUACAUGUUUCUCGUAUCGUCUGGCAAGGACUUGGAUGAACUGACGCGGUAUGUCGAAGAUGGGAGACUCAAAACAGUGGUGGGAUCAGUCGUCGACUUGCAAGACAUUGAAGCCGUGAGAAAGGCUUGUGGGACUGUUUACAGCGGUCGGGGAGGAUUGGGGAAGCUGGUAAUCCGCGUUCGCGGGUCCGAGUAGCGACCUUUCAUCUUUUAUCGUGUCGACGGGGGGUUUAUGGGGGUAUGCGGCACGUGGCCUUUCAGACGAUGCACCACGCUUCGCCUCAUUGUUAUAAUAGACUUAGUAAUUCUUGUUGUUCCUGCCAUAAGGUGGCUUGGAUGUGUU